GUAGUCGUACGGAAAGUCGUCUAACAAACCCGCUUACAGACACCAUUUUGUACAGCGCUGCUGCGCAGGACAGGAAGAAUACUAGUUGGUGUAGCCGUGUUUUUAAAAAUGAUCAACUGAAAAAAAAUCUAAAUGAUGAGGAACAGUUGUUUGUUGUUGGUAUGUCUUUCACUACUGAGCAGUUCAGAUGUUUCUUAUGGUUCAGCUCCAUAUUCCCUGUCUGGAUCUGCAGAUCAUGCUGAUGUUGAUUCACAUUUCACAUUUACCUGCGACGCAGGUAGUAAAACUGGCUCUGGUGGAAUGACUUGGGUAGCUGCUAGAGUUCCAUUUGCUAUGAGCCAAGGGCCAGGAACCAGCUGUGUCAAUGUAGACGAUCCUACUGAAUAUGAAUAUUCUUGUUCUGAAGAAACUAUUUUUAAUAUUACAAUCCCAUCAGUCAGCUUCAGUAAACAUGGCUCACGGUGGUCAUGUGCAGGUGAAUAUGGAGGAACCCCAAGCAUAGUAAUGACUCUGGAAGUGUAUGUUCCUCUGACAAACACUACCAUGGCAAUCAGGCCUACGUCAAUUGUAUCAGGAGUCAUCACUGUGUUACAGUGUUCAACCAACCCGUGCUACCCAAAUGCUGCAAUAAUAUGGACUCAGAAUAACAUCAAUAUAACAACUGGAGUCACCACGGACACAGAGUAUAUAGCUGACAGUGGAGUGAUCACUAGAAGUAAUCUCACUAGAUCUUACACAAGGGCGGAUCAUGGGCAGCAGAUCGUCUGUGCAGCCACUAGUGAUGGAACUACGAAAUCAUCAUCACCCUUACAGCUAGUGAUCUGGGAUGGCCCGGUGGCAGGCAGUAUUAACUUCAAUUCUACUGCAACUAUACCAGAAGGAGAUGACCUGACUGUGGACUGCGCUGUUGACUGUAACCCACCAUGUGACUACGCCUGGACACUGGGUGAUAAUCAAAUUACAACAAGUCCGCUAUUAAACCUGACAGACAUCAGCAGGAAUCAGGACGGAAAUGUCUACAACUGUACAGUGACCAACUCUGCUAUAUCAAAAUCAACACAUAAAAAGUUUACACUGAAAGUCUCGUAUCCAGAGCGCAUGUCUGCCUUAAGUGCAGGUGUUAUAUCGGGAAUUGUGAUCGCUGUUGUUCUGGCUCUUGCCAUUCCUACUGUGUGGAUACUUUAUAAGAGGUAAUUAGAAUAGAA